AUGGCCGGGCCGGGCUUCAACAGCCCCUUUGGGGCGAAUGCAAACCCUUUCGGUUCCUCCAGGCUUGAAACGGGCGGGAUGCAAAGGGUGGCUGAGGAGGAUGAGAAUGACACCAUCGGUUCGCCCACAACACCACAUUUUGGACUCUCGGGCGGCGGUCUUUUCCGAGCGCCUUUCGGGGGAGACGCCUCGUUCGAUGCCGGGGCCUCUGGUGUGAGGAACCCGCCAAACCCAGAGGGCUACCCUGCGCAGUAUAACUUUGCUCGCCGCACGUCGGUCUCGGCAGAGUCUCUCAAGCCGGCUGCAGACAGCGACGACAAUUGGACGCCCCCUGUACACCCCAAGACGCCAGAGCAGCUAGAGCGUCUGAAGAAGGCCAUAAGCGGUAAUUUCCUAUUCAGCCACCUUGACGACGAACAGACUGCGCAAGUUCUCGGCGCCUUGGUGGAGAAGCCGAUCCCGGCCGCGGGAAUCAAGGUUAUCACGCAAGGCGAUGCCGGCGAUUUCUUUUACGUGGUCGAGAAGGGCUCCUUCGACGUAUAUGUCAAUAGCAGCGGAGCAUUGCAGCCAGGGCCGGAUGGGAUGGGAGAGAAAGUCAGCACCAUUGAGGCCGGCGGGUCCUUCGGCGAGCUCGCCCUGAUGUACAACGCGCCUCGCGCCGCGACCGUGGUGUCGGCCGAGCCACACUGCACGCUAUGGGCCUUGGACCGCGUCACAUUCCGCCGCAUCCUGAUGGAGUCAACCUUUACCCGCCGCCGCAUGUACGAAGGCUUCCUGGAGGAGGUGCCCCUUUUGUCAAGCCUGACUCCGUACGAGCGGUCCAAGAUCGCCGACGCACUCGAGAGCCAGAAGUUCCCGGCGGGCCACGAAAUCAUCCGCGAGGGCGAGCCGGGCGAUUCUUUCUACCUCCUCGAAUCCGGCGAGGCUGUUGCAUAUAGGAGCGGCAACGACACGCCUGUCAAGCAUUACAGAAAGGGCGAUUUCUUUGGCGAGUUGGCGUUGCUCAACGAUGCGCCGCGCGCUGCCAGUGUGGUGAGCCAAACCGAAGUCAAGGUCGCCAGGCUCGGCAAGAAAGCCUUCCAGCGGCUUCUGGGGCCUGUUGAGGGUAUCAUGCGGAGGACCCAGUAUGUGGGCGUCCAGACUGGGGAGGCGGUGAUCAGCCAAAGACUUUAG